GAUUGAGGCAGCAGAAUGAUGAAAACUUCACUGUUGCUGCCACUGCUAGGCUGCAUGUGCCUUUGGGGCAGAACCUGGGCGCACCGGGAAUUGGCCGAUCUGCUGGUGCAGCAACAGAAGGAUUUGGACUUAUCGACAGCAGAAGUGGACGCAUUGCGGCCAUUCUAUCGUGAGCUACAGGCACAGCAUGACUACUUGUACAGUCUGCAGAUGCAGAAUGGCGAUGGCAGUGCCCUGUCGCUGGAGCAACCAAUCGACGCCCAAUUGGACGAUAGCUAUGCCAAGGCUUUUGAAAAGAUGCGUGCCCAGUUUAUUUUCGAUCAGAACUAUAAGCCAAGUAUUGAUUACGACACAAAGCUGCCGAGCUUGGAGCAUAUCAUUGGGCAGCCCAGCGGUGAUAUGACAGAGCAAGAGUUGCAGGAGCUAGAGGAUCUCCUGGAGAUCCUGCAGGAUGCGAUCGAUGAGUCACAGCUGGGCAUCGAUCAGCUGGUGAGACGCGCAAUAGACAUGGAAAUCAAUCUAUUGAAGCUCAACAAGCCGAAAAUUGUCACAGCUGCAAUUGCGGGACUGGAGGUGAUGUGGCAUUAUUGGGGGCGUGCCUCCCGAGCAGCAUACUGCAGCUAUUCGCAUGUCCCUCAGUUUACGGAGGCCCUGCACGCCAUCAACGGGGGCGUGGAUUGCUACGUCUACACCAUGGGACUCAUCCAGAAAAUACAGGACGAAACUGUGGAAUCUGUCAAGGAAAUAAAGCACCAAGUUCAGGGACUCGUAAAGAUCUACAAGAAGAUUGCUGCCAAGAAAACACUGAUGGGAAAAAUACUAUCCGGCGUAUUGAAUGUGUUUAGUGCAUUACGUCGGGUGCACGACAUCAUUGCGGUGGGAAUCGCUGGCUAUGACAAGAUUAACAAUCAGUUGCCAGGUGCGGUGGGUCACACAGCUGAGUGUGGUUUGGAAUUUGCCAACAGUAUUCCACAGAUGACUGAAACGGCACACAAUCUAACCGUAUGCAUUACGUUUGUGGAUACCGAUAAACCGGAAUAUGAUUUCACGAAGCCAGAGGGCGAUCGCUAUUGGAAUACUGGAGCAACACCUGGGGAUGUACCACACGAGAACGAUGUUGAUGAGGACGAUGACGAUGCCGACAAUGACGAUGAUGACUACGUUGAUCAUCGAUAAACUUAUUCACCAGCUGUGGCACAAGCAGCAGCACUGAACUUUAGAUGCUCUUGUCGGGAGUGCCCAACUAUGGGAUACCAUGUACGCAGCUAUAAAAAAUAUACUAAAUCAAUGAAAAUACA